AUGGUGCUUCACCGUGCCAUCCAGGCCGCCCAUGAGGGGGACCUUCCCACUCUCCGGGCCCUCUCCGCCUCGGGCCACCUCACCCUGGCCGUCACAGACGCCCAGGGUGCCACGCCCACCCACCACGCCGCCCGCUGCGGCCACCUAGACUGUCUACGUUUCCUCGUGGGUGAGGCAGGGCUCCCGGGAGACGCCAGGGCGGGGAACGGGGCAACACCAGCACACGAUACAGCCGCCACUGGACACCUACUACCGCUGCGGUGGCUGGUGGAAAACAGGCACUGCGGAACUGAGGACCAGGACAAUGCAGGAGCUACAGCACUCCACCUUGCUGCUCGUUUUGGCCACUUGGACAUCCUUCAGUGGCUGCUGUCAGUUGGGGGCAGGUCUGAGGCGGAGACAGACUGUGGGGCACUGCCUGCCCACUACGCCGCUGCCAAGGGUUACCUUACCUGUCUCAAACUGCUAGUCCACCAGACCCCUGGGUGUGUGAAUCGGCAGACUGUCAUCGGUGCCACCCCAUUGUACAUAGCCUGCCAGGAGGGCCAUUUGCACGUGGUGGAGUACCUGGUGAAAGACUGCGGGGCAGAUGUCCACCUGAAGGCCCAUGAUGGCAUGACCAUACUGCACGCUGCCACACAUAUGGGCCACCAUGCCCUGGUAGUCUGGCUGGCUUCCUUCACAGACAUAAACCUUUCCAGCCAGGAUGAGGAAGGGGCCACCGCACUGCACUUUGCUGCCAGCAGAGGACACCACCGCAUCCUUGAGAGGCUGCUGCGCAUGGGAGCACCAGUCAUCAAGGACUACUGGGGCGGGACUCCCCUGCAUGACGCUGCCGAGAACGGGGAGCUAGAGUGCUGCCGAAUCCUGCUGACCAACCAUGUCAGUCCCACAGAGAAAGACAAAGAUGAGUUCACAUCAAUUGACCUGGCUGAAUACAAUGGGCAUUAUGAUUGUGCAAACUACCUUCGGACAAAGGAGGAAUGUGUAAGACUGGGCUCCCUCGCAGACGGAUCCUUCCCAGAGGUCAGCUCUACUGAGCCUGAGGGAAGAGGAAAGCCGGCAGUUUCCUGGCAGCCCAGUUCCGCAGACUACUACCGGGGCCUAAACGACGAGCUCGCACACACCUGCAGUGACACAGAGAUGGAGAACUGCAAGCAGCCAGUGAAGGAGGUACUUCCCCAGCCACGCCCUCCACUGCCUCCCCCAAUUGUGUCGAAUUUUAGCCAGGUGAAGUCUUUGGAGGAGGAGCAAAGACUACUUGAGCAUAUGAAAUCCAUCAAAUCAUUGAAACAUGCAGGGAUCACAGCUGUCUUCAUGGGACAGUCGAAAGGGGAGGAGAAAGGGAAUGGAAUAGUGAUGUUGCCCACAGAGGAGGCCAACCUGGCUGAUAUUGACUCACUUGUGCCCACUCAUGAUGAGAAAGGCCAGCCUAUUGCUGAGUGGAAGAGGCAGGUCAUGGUACGCAAGCUUCAGGCUCGGCUGCAGGAUGAAGAGGACCAGAGGAGGAAGGAAAAUGGCUGCAAAUAUAUGGAGAUGGAAGGUUGGCGAUACUCGCAGGUGCACAAUGCCAUCCUUGGUCCUUUUGGUGAGCUGUUGACUGAGGAUGACGUGGUCUACCUUGAGAAACAGAUCGAGAACGUGUCCAUGCAGAAGAGGUGCCAAGCCUAUGAGCUUGAGCUGGCCCGUCUGGCUGAGGAACUGAGGACAAUCCUGCCAGCUCCCAUCGUCAAUAUCACAGUUAAUACACAGCUCUUGGAUCCAAAUGCAGAUGGACAGAUACCCCUGCCAGUGUGGUGCAACCGCAUAUCUGGCAUUGUAAAGAGUAUGUCCCUGCUCCUGACUAACCUAACCGAAAAGGACGGCACCAUAUACAAGAUGCCCAGCGAUGAACUUGUGACUGUUUUCUCACAGCAGCCAGCAGAGAGACAGAAUUCCACUAAGGGAAGAAGGGAAACGGUGGAAAAGGAAAUUCAACAGUUUGGAGUCUCGGUGCAGAAUCUCAGAUCAAACUUUGAGUCUCAGUUGGGGGGUCAUCUCCGGUUAACUGGAACCCUUGGUGCUGGGAAACUUAUGAAAAAUAUGCAGGAGGAGCAAGUUAACAGCAGGAUUGAAAGAUCUGCUGAAAUAAUGGACCAGCCUUUUCCAAUGGACUACAACAGGGAUUCUGGUAUAGUUUGUGAAGAAAUGCCCAAAGAAGCCCUUCAUUCAGUGAGGGAGACCACCAGCUUGCGAAAAGAGCGAAUAGUGGUUUUGUUCUUGAGUCAUUGGAAAAAGUCAGCGUACGCCUUUACCAUGAGGGGUAAAAACUGCCUGGUAGGGCAAGAAAGCAGCGGGAAGGCUGACCAGAACAUUCUAGAAAAACUCCCACAGGAACCUCAGCCCAAGAAGAAUACAGGGAGUGGCUCACUGUGUCAUUUCUUCAGACAGCGGGCUGCCAUCAACAAGAUGAUUGGCAACUGGAGGUGCAUGGUCUCUGGUGUACCCUCACGGCAAAUCCGGCGCCUCAACCGCCAACGGGUCACCUACUCCCCUGAGCAGUUCCUGCCCCGUGUGAAUGGGGUGCCUGUCGACUACAACAGCCUGACCCUUGAUCUUUUCAUGCUGGGCUACUUCCACAUUCUGGAGCAGGAUCUGCCUGCCGAUGAGCGGAAGAUGAGGCAUCUGCUUUGCUUCGAGGUGUUCGACCAUGUGGGCCGGUUCUCCUGGGAAAUGGUGAGGGAUUUCCAUAGGGCCGUGCUCCAGGACAUUGAAGGGGGAAACAGGGAGUGGAAGGAUGGCUUUGAGGACAUCAAAAUCAAGUACUUUGGCAGUACGCGAAACCAGCUUGAACCCCCCUACAACCCUGGGAGUCGCCUGCAACCAGAGGCAAGGCCGGUGCCAACGGUCAUUGUCCAAAAUGCCACCCCAGACGAGGGGGACUUUCUGAGGAAGGGUGGUGCAGACAUCUCCUGCUUCAGCAAUGAUGACAUUUGCAAGUACAUUGACCGGAGUUUUGCUUUCUGGAAGGAGAAAGAAGCUGAAAUCUUUGAUUUUGAACAUUAG